AUGGUGGGCGACCAGAGCAAGCAGGGGCUUCUCCGCCAGGGCAAAAGGCUGUCCGAUAAUGCUGGCCAUGAUUCCGACUCGGACCUCGAAGCGACCGAUUACCGCGACCACGAAGCGGCCGUGUCCCACAACCCCCCCAAAACAUUCCACGCCCCGAUGAAAGGUCGGCAAUGGUGGAUAGUACGCUUCCUGGGGCGGCGCAGCCGGUGUUGCAUUGCCUUGCUGGCUACAUUUAUCGUCCUUUGGAUUGUCGUCAGCGCGGGUGGCGCGUUUGUUUACAAGAAAUAUCAGGACGAGCCGCCUUAUGGCCAGUCACCUCCGUGGUACCCCUCUCCUAGGGGCGGAAUUGCGAAGAGCUGGGCCGCAAGCUACGACAAGGCGGCCAAAAUGGUAGACAAGAUGACGUUGGCGGAGAAGGUCAACGUGACAACUGGCACAGGAUGGCAGAUGGGGUUGGCAGUGGGCACCAACGGGCCGGCAGUGCACGUCGGUUUCCCCCAGUUGCAGCUGCAGGAUGGCCCGUUGGGUAUCCGGUUCGCCGACAACAUCACCGCUUUCCCCGCCGGCAUCACAGUCGGCGCCACUUGGAACCGGCAGCUGAUGUAUGCCCGCGGAAAGACCCACGCCAUCGAAGCCCGCCAGAAGGGCAUCAACGUGCUCCUGGGCCCCUGCGUCGGCCCUCUCGGUCGCAUGCCUGCUGGCGGGCGCAACUGGGAGGGAUUCGGGUCCGAUCCGUAUCUGCAGGGCAUCGCAGGCGCCGAGACCGUCAAAGGCAUCCAGAGCGAGGGUGUCAUGGCCACCAUCAAGCACUUUAUCGCCAACGAGCAGGAGCAUUUUCGCCAGCAGUGGGAAUGGGGCUUGCCGCAUGCCAUUAGUUCCAACAUCGAUGACCGCACGCUGCAUGAACUGUACGCGUGGCCGUUCGGCGACGCCGUCAAGGCGGGCGUUGCUUCGGUCAUGUGCUCCUACAAUAUGGUCAACAACUCGUAUGCUUGCGGCAACAGCAAGUUGCUGAACGGAAUUCUCAAGGACGAGAUGGGUUUCCAGGGCUUUGUCAUGAGUGACUGGCUUGCUCAACGAUCCGGAGUGGCAACAGCCCUUGCGGGGCUGGACAUGACUAUGCCGGGAGAUGGAGCCAAGUGGGCAAACGGCGUCUCUUUUUGGGGCCCCGAACUGAGCAGGGCUAUCCUUAAUGGCAGUGUGCCCGUUGACCGCCUGAACGACAUGGUCACCCGGAUCGUGGCGGCUUGGUAUCAGCUCGGCCAGGACGACGAGACCAAGUUCCCGCGACAACCGCCCAACUUCUCUUCGUGGACCGACGAUCGCAUGGGCGUUCUGGCACCAGGAAGCUCUGACCCGCAGGAGCAGGUUGUGGUGAACCACUUUGUCGAUGUCCAAGCGAACCACUCCGUCAUUGCCCGUGAGGUGGCUGCUGAGGGCACAGUGCUGCUCAAAAAUGACGGGUUGUUGCCAAUCAGCCGGAGUGGUCUCGACACAUCCAAGCUCAAAGCGAGGCGUGGAGUCAUCGAGAGAGCUACUGGGAAGAGACACACGGGCAAGUUCAGCGUCGGCGUGUUCGGCGACGAUGCCGGCCCUGGGGACGGACCCAACCAUUGUAAGGACCGAGCUUGCAACCAAGGGACGCUCGCUUCCGGCUGGGGUUCGGGGGCUGUCGAGUUCCCCUACCUGGUUUCACCCAUCGAAGCUCUGCGCAAGGAGUUUGACACGUCCAAGGUUGACCUCCAUGAAUACCUGGUCGAUAAACCCACCCUCACCGGUAACGAAAAAGCCAUCAUGGACGACCUAGAGCUGUGCAUUGUCUUCGUCAGCGCCGAUGCCGGCGAAGGUUUCGUGAAGUGGGAGGAUGUUAGCGGGGACCGGCCAAACCUCAACUUGCAGAAGGGCGGCGAUGAUCUCAUCGUUAACGUGGCAUCUAGGUGCGGCUCUGGCUCUGGAGAUGUUAUUGUCGUGAUCCAUGCGGUGGGCCCGGUAUUGAUGGAAAAAUGGAUCGACCUACCCAACGUCAAGGCUGUUCUCUUUGCCAACCUCCCAGGCCAAGAGUCUGGCAAUGCGCUCGCCGAUAUUCUCUUUGGCGAUACCAAUCCGUCCGGGCAUAUCCCAUUUACCAUCGGCAAGUCGCUGGACGACUAUGGCCCUGGUGGCAAGAUCUUGUAUCUGCCGAAUGGUGUCAUCCCCCAGCAAGAUUUCUCGGAGGGCCUAUACGUCGAUUACCGCCACUUUGACAAACAAGACAUCGCCCCUCGGUUCGAGUUCGGGUUCGGCCUCAGCUACACUACGUUCAACUUCAGCAACCUCCGCGUCACGCAAGAAAAAGACAAAUCAGCACUCCCUGCACGUCGCCCGAGUCCUGCGGCCGAACCGCCCAGCUUCUCAACCGCCAUCCCUCCCAAGAGCGAGGCCGAGUUCCCCGCCAAUUUUCGCGCACUCAAGAAGUACAUCUACCCGUACCUGACGUCGACGGACGGCAUCGAGGUCGGGCAGUACCCCUAUCCCGUGGGCUAUGAGACGGAACAACCGCUGAGCGGUGCGGGUGGUGACGAGGGUGGCAACCCAGACCUGUGGGCCGUCUACGUCAGCGUCACGGUAGACAUCAAGAACGACGGCCCCGUUGCAGGUGCCGUCGUGCCGCAGCUGUAUUUGGAGUAUCCCGCCAAGGAGGGAGUGGAGUUUCCCGUCCGGGUGCUCAGAGGGUUCGACAAGGUCUAUCUGGCCCCUGGUGAGGUGCAGACGGCGCACUUUGGUCUCACCAGAAGAGAUCUGAGUUACUGGGAUGUCGUGGAGCAAGACUGGGUCAUGGUGACGGAGGGCAUGUACAAGUUUGGGGUUGGGUUGAGCUCAAGGGACUUGCCCGUGACUGGGAUGUGGUAA